CAUGCGGUGUGGGGCGGGCCACGAGCAAGGAGAGGCCUUCCUCCCUUUGUGCUCCCCCCUUCUCCUCCCCCCAGGGUCCUAUAAAUAGGCCCAGCCCGGGCUGUGGCUCAGCUCUCGGAGGGAGGCGAGCACCAGGCAGCGGUCUCCAGCCAAGCCCCCUGCCAGCAUGGCCAGCGAGUUCAAGAAGAAGCUCUUUUGGAGGGCAGUGGUGGCCGAGUUCCUGGCCAUGACCCUCUUCAUCUUCAUCAGCAUCGGUUCUGCCCUGGGAUUCCAGUACCCGAUAAAGAGCAACCAGACGACAGGUGCCGUCCAGGAUAAUGUGAAGGUGUCACUGGCCUUUGGGCUGAGCAUUGCCACGCUGGCCCAGAGCGUGGGCCACAUCAGUGGAGCCCACCUCAACCCGGCUGUCACGCUGGGGCUCCUGCUCAGCUGCCAGAUGAGUGUCCUCCGGGCUGUCAUGUACAUCAUGGCCCAGUGCGUGGGGGCCAUCGUCGCCACUGCCAUCCUCUCGGGCAUUACCUCCUCCCUGCCCAACAACUCGCUUGGCCUAAACGCGCUGGCCCCUGGUGUGAACUCGGGCCAGGGCCUGGGCAUCGAGAUCAUCGGCACCCUGCAGCUGGUGCUGUGCGUGCUGGCCACCACGGACCGGAGGCGCCGGGACCUCGGGGGCUCGGCCCCACUCGCCAUCGGCCUCUCUGUGGCCCUGGGCCACCUGCUGGCCAUCGACUACACAGGCUGCAGUAUUAACCCCGCCCGGUCCUUCGGCUCUGCGGUGAUCACGCGCAACUUCCAGGACCACUGGAUUUUCUGGGUGGGGCCGUUCAUCGGAGGAGCCCUGGCCGUGCUCAUCUACGACUUCAUCCUGGCCCCGCGGAGCAGCGACCUCACAGACCGCGUGAAGGUGUGGACCAGCGGUCAGGUGGAGGAGUACGACUUGGAUGCCGACGACAUCAAUUCCAGGGUGGAGAUGAAGCCCAAAUAAGGGGGCCUGGCCCAGGCGUCCAUGUGGGGGGAGGCAGGGGCGGGUGGAGGGAGGGGAGGGAUGAAAUCCGUAUUGUAGACACUCUGACAAGCUGGCUCAGUCACUCCCCAAAGAUCCGCAGGACCUGCAUAGUCAAGCCUGAUUUGGGGCUGUUUCUAUCACCUUCUUUCUCUUUCUCUGUUUCCUGGCCUCAGGACUUCCUGGGGACGAAGAUUUUCCAAUUACCCACUCCCUUGAAGUCACAGAGGAGGUGAAAGAGAGGGACCCACCUUGCUAAGUUGUCCCCUCAGAGUGUGAUGGGAGGUGUGCCAGAUAGUCCCCCCUCAUCCCAAAGUUGCUCACCAACUCACCUGCUGCAGGUGCCUGGGGCUCCACUGUGAUUGCUUUGUGCCUUUGGGCAUGGCCCUCUUUCCUGUAAAGUGCACUUGCCCCCAAGGAUGCUCUGAUGGGGAAAAGAUCCCAGCAGGUGCAGUGGUAGGGGCAGGUGGCAGACAAGCCUCGUCCUUGCGACCUGGCUCACUUCCAGGGCCCCCCAAAUGUGCUGCAUGACCUUGGGAAGGUCUCAAUCUUGGGGCCCCAGUGAUCCCGUCUGUAAAGUUGCAGGGACAGGGAAAGCUAUAUGGGCCUGAGGCCCCUCUCUAGGAUUCUAUAAGUGUAGACACACUGCAGGUUCUGGAAGAUGUAGUCUGGACCAGUGCUGCUUCUUCCACUUGCCAAGUAUAUAGUUGUACCUACACACCUAUGUGAACAUGUGUACAUAGGCAUACAUGUUUCAAAGCAAAGAGCAGCAGACCAUCCAGCCAUUGGAAGUUCCUGUUCCUGGGGGGAGCAGGUCUGAUAGUGGUUCCACUGGACAGAGGCUGCUCUUGUAGAAUGAAGGUCAUUUAGAGGGCGAGGGAGGAACGCCCAUAUUCCUUCACUGAGUUGUAGUUGAUCUUUUCCACCUAUCACUGCAUCACCCCCAUCAUUAUUUGGUUCUUCACUUUCUCCUGCCAGUGCAGACACAGGUCACCAUUAUGCAGGUGCGUUUAUUAAAGGGCACUUGGUCAUCUGAAGGUUAUCAAGCCUGAGGACACAUGACCGUGAUUCAGAUCAGCCCUCGGAGGCAGAUGCCCUUGUUGGACACUUGGGGGUGCUUCUAAGCCCCCAGCUGAUCCCGAGGGAGGAGGAAGAGCAGAUUCCCCCCUUAUUCCUGAGCUCCUGUUUGGAGGCAUUUGGGGGCAGCUGGGUGACCUGUACAGGCUGCCCAGGUCAUAGUCUUCCCUCCUCUUUUAUCUGGAGGGGAGAGUUGGUCUUGACCUGAGGAAGUAGCUAUGGCUGCAGCCCAAGGACAAUUCAGAGCACAGUCUGUUUGGGGGCAGCUAUCUACACAGUCUAUUCAAUUCCACCAGGGUCAGAGAAGGUCUCCCUAUGUGCCUGUGGCCAUGAUGGUGACAAAAACUGAGAGACAUAAUACACAGGUAUCUAGAAGCAGCAGGAUGACCAGGAGGCCCUUAAUGGUCAUGACCCAUCAUGAUAUCCACACACUCCCUUCUCCAUUUCCUAGCAAAAACCUCUAGCCCAUUUAAUAGAUAAACUGAGGCCCAAGGACCCACAGCUAGAUAAUGAUUUGGCCAGGCCUAGCAGCCAGGACCAUGUCUCUGGCUACUCCCUGGACUGUGAGACUGGUCCCUCUCAGUCCCAGCUUCUGCAUUUCUGCCUGGGCAAUGGCCAGGGGCCAGGAGGGGUGAGGGUUGUGCUGGAGGGGAGAGGGGCACAGACCCAUCCUGUCCUGUUCUGGAGGCUGCACACCAGAACCCUGCAUCUGUCUGCUCUGCAUAUAUAUCUCUUUGGAUUUGGAAUUUCAUUAUAUGUUAAGAAAAUAAACAGUAAUAUAAGUCA